AUGGACGAUUCUGCUGCGAUCAGACGACAAAUAGGAAAGGUCACUCGACAAGUUGCUCGAUGUACAGCUGCGGUCUACGACUUAUUCACUGACUAUGACCUAACUCUCGACAACUUACAACUCGAUGCUGUCGCCUCUGAUGACCUUCCUAACUUCACAAAGGACGUCAAUCUUGUUCGAUCCAACCUCCUACGCUACUACGACCGACUCGAACGUCUUCAUCAACAAUGGCAAGCAAUUAUUUCUACCAAUCCGACUGAAGAAGGCACUUUCAGUACAUAUAUUGAUAAAUAUGGAGACUACCGCCACAACCUCCAGCAAGCUGUUACAAUACUCGAGAAACUGGAUUCAACUGUCGACCAACUUCAUCACGAAUUCAAAAAAAGGGACAUGCCACUCCCUGUACCUACACCUGCGACUUCUGAUGCAGCAUCACAUGACUCGAACUACGACAACGCCAAAGCAACAGAAGCCAUCUCAACGCCAACGUUCCUGCAACAUCAACACAUGGUCAACGUCGAUCCUGCGCAGCAAAAUCCACAUGCUGCACCCUACCAAAUGUUCAAUUUCGUUGACGCAUCUCUUCUCAGCAAGAUCGAUCUACCAACAUUCUCAGGAUCUAUUCUCGACUUCCAAGAAUUCUGGGAACGUUUUUCCAUACUUGUUGGAGACAAACCAAACAUCGACGAUGCUACCAAAUUCUCUCUCCUAAAAUCUUCGCUCAGAGGAAAAGCUCUCCAGUGCAUACAAGGACUGUCAAUUACUUCAGCCAACUACCGCAUCGCUGUUGACAUCCUCAGAACGCACUUUGACGACAAAGUCACGACUCGUCAUGUACUUUACACAAAACUGGCAAAUUUACCACCAUGCGACCAAGCUGGAAAACAACUGCAGCCGCUCUACAACCAGAUGUUUGCGCUAAUACGACAAUUUUGUACCUACGAGGACGACAACAAAGAAUAUGGUCUCGGAGCCGUUCUGCUGAACAAAUUUCCACGGCAUAUCAGAAGUAAGAUCUACGACAAGACCUCCAAUCAGACCAAUCUUACGCCUUCUGCUCUUAUUCGCAUACUCACCGACAUCGUCAAAAAGGAGUCAACUCUGCACGAAAUGGAGCCGCAAUACAACGAGUACAGCAACAACAACGUCUUCCACGUCGUCAACGAUCCCAAUCGAGGAACACCAUCGUUUCGAACAAAGGCCACGAACAACUCGAGGAAGACAAUCAGGUGCAGAUUUUGUAUGAAAAGUGGACAUUCUCCAUUCAACUGCCACGUCUAUCCAACACCGAAAAGUCGAAUUGAAGCAGUGAAAAAGUUACGUCUUUGCUAUAACUGCUUAUCAAGCCUGCACCACACGAAAAACUGCACCUCCAAAAGAACGUGCAGUUACUGCGCAAAGCGACAUCAUACCUCGUUAUGCCUAAAGCGAGCAACUGGCCGAGCUAUUCUACCCAACAAUUCGACGAGGUCCAAUCGAGAAGAAGAAAGAAGACCCUACCAAGGACGAACUUCACAAGAUCGCUCCACGAGCCAGCCACUGACAACCCACGCACGUCGGAACGACUUCCAUGCACAUUUCAACGAGCAAGAUAAUAUCGCACCGGACAUAAACACCACUACGGACUCAGCCAUUAUUCUUCACAACGCCGAUGAUACGCCACGUAUGAAACCGCUACUGAUGUGCGCUGAGGUUCAAUUAUUCAAUCCACUCGACACCUCAAAAGAAGUCCGUGCUACUGCUCUCCUGGAUACCGGAGCAUCACAAUCUUACAUCACCAACGAACUUGCCGAACGACUUCAACUGCCAUCGUCCAACUCGCACGAGAUCCACAUGUACACUUUCGGGAGCAACAUUCCUUUAUCAAUGCCUGCCAAUGAUCAUUCAAUCGGAAUUCGCUGCACCAAUGGCUCGGAUGCUAUUCUUAACGUUCAAGCUAUACCGGUUCUCACGAAGAAGCUGAAACACGUCUGCAUACAGAAUACUGGUGAGCGAGAAAGCUUAACAAUUCAAGAAGCUACUCCAAAUAUUCUCAUUGGUAUGGACUACUUUUGGGAAUUGGUGUUCUGCGAUGAUUUCUCAAUUUCGCCACUCUCCAAUAGAUAUCGCGUGAUGAGUACAAGAAUUGGCAAAAUUGUGACCGAAAACUCGCUCCGCUAUGACCAAGUUAACUACUUCACAUUCGACGAUUCCACAACAACUGCCAACCCUAUCAAGCAUGCUGAACUGCUGAAACUCGUCGAACGUUUCUGGUCAAAUGAGUCUAUGGGAAUACUUGACAACCCCAACGAAUCCGAUGAUGAGAAAUGCUUGCAACUGUUCAACGACUCAAUCACGUACAACAAAGAAGAACGACGAUAUUCGGUGAAGUUACCUUUCAAAAUACCACCCUCGGAGCUACCUUCAAAUCGAGACUUGGCUUUCUCCAGAUUUGUUUCAAAUCUUUCGGCACUAGUUCUCGGAGCAAAUCUUCUUCAAUAUCUGCGACUUCAUUUGGACAUCCCAAUCGACCGAUUCUUUUUAUGGUCAGACAGCAGAGUUGCUCUAGCUUGGACACAAUCUGAGAAGGAUCUGCCAGUAUUCAUACGUAAUCGUGUCCGAACCAUAAAGAACAAAACACAAGGAGUAUCCAUCCGCCACGUUCCUGGUUCAAUGAAUCCGGCAGAUCUAGCCAGUCGUGGAGCAACUAUGGAAAAUUUGACAUCAAACAAUCUCUGGUGGAAUGGACCAGACUACCUACUGAAAGACGACAACUCAUGGCCCGCUGAUGAGAAUGACUUGAUUUCGAAAGUACAACAACUAUGCUGCACUUCAAUCAGGCAUGAACCUGAAAUCACUCCAAUAAUCGAUUCCGGAAGGUUCAGCAAAUGGACACGUAUAUUGGGCUGCGUAAUCACCAUCCUCACAUUUCUUACACAACUGUCUUCAAAAGCUGCUCAACAUUUCGGAGACACGCCAUCAAAACUACGAUCCAAGGCUACAACUAUUCUCUUCCGAAUGGCACAGAUGGAAGCUCCACCAAAUAAGGGUCUCCACAAACAACUUGGCCUCUUCAAGUGUAAGAAAAGUGAACUCCUCCGUGUUUAUACAAGAAUAGACAAUUCUGCCCUACCACCGGAAACGAAAGAACCAAUUUUACUUCCGAAGGAAAGUAAUAUCACGGCACUCUUCAUUCUCUACGUUCACGAAAAGAAUAAUCACUGCGGCACAGAACAAACGCUUAUCGCUCUCCGUCACUGCGUUUGGAUACCGAAAGGACGAUCAACCAUCAAACGUGUCAUCAAUAAUCGAUGCUUCAUCUGCAAACGAUCAAAGGCAAGACCUUUCAAAUUGCCAGAUUUCCCAUUACAUCCAUCAUAUCGAGUGAACAAACCCAACUACCCCUUCGAAAAUGCUGCACUGGAUGUUAUGGGACCAAUUAGAUACUCAUCUCCUGGAGAAGAACCUGGAAAAUGCUGGAUUUUGCUAAUAACAUGCCUCAAUUGCCGCGCUAUCGUAGUCGAGCCGAUCCAAAGCUUAUCCUCAACUACAUUUCUUCAUAAUCUCCGACGCUUCAUCGCCACAUACGGUUGCCCAAAACGAAUCAUGUGCGACAACGCUCCCGCAUUCAAAGCUUUUGCUCAAGCACAUGGAGAAGAACCAUUACGCGAAACUGGAUAUUCGGACUCCAUCUCCUCAAUAACUUCUGGACUAGAUGGAAAGAUGAAUACCUCACCUGUCCUCCGGGAGCGUCACCAAAAUUCCCAUCCACAUCCAAGAUCGUGUUUAUAUGACACUCCAACUCACGGAGAGUACGUACUGAUUCACGACGAAAACCAUCCCAGAGGGACGUGGAAAAUGGGACAAGUUUGCGGAUCAACUGAUGACUAUCUACGGUCAGCUCAAAUACGUCUACCAUCAAAACGAAUAAUAACUCGACCAAUCAACCUCAUCAGUCGCUUCGAAAUCGACACCAAACCAAUCAGCACAGUUCAAACACCUACCGUUGCUGAAGAAAGAGAAGAGGAAAAUGCACCACCUCUGCAUCCUAUGAUAACGCGUUCUCGAAGAAAACGACAGCUGCUCCAAAAUGCACCAGUGAUCUUCAUGAUACUUGCAGCUUUAGUAGCUGUUAUGGAUGCUGCUAACACACGAUGCCCGACUGAGCUCACAAUCAAUAAGAGAAUCAUCUACGCAACUCCAUGCGUCACAAACGGCAUUGCGGUGGCAACGUACGACGAUCAUGAAAAACAUCAUCUAUGCUGGUUCCCAGUCACGUGUCCAAAUGGAGAAAUACGACCAAUGCCCUCCUAUCCAAAUGAUUCACGUCUUUGUGGAAUGAAAUGCGAGUGUCCUCAUUGGUCACAGUUCUGCUUGCACUAUAACGGAGAACAUACACAAAGAUCGCAAAUAUCCAGCAUCGAUCCAACACUUCUUGACUUCACACCAAAAGAACUGUAUGAUGGAUCACUACUUUUAGUACCCAGUCUUCAUGUCAUAACAAAAGAUUACUUGGAUGACAACGACUUCAUAUGCAUUAGUUCGCAAGGAAACCGAUUACCUCCAACACCGCCAUAUAAGGGAACGUUUCUGUUCUGCGAACGACAUCAAUGCGACUUCGCCGUCGACAAAUUCUGCGUCUAUGACUCACCAAUUACGCUGCUCGACUUCGACAACAAUGUGACAUCACACAACACGGUUCCGAUCAAAGCAUGGGGAACGACGACAAAGGAGUUUUAUCCUCACAUCUCGGGAACUGAUGCCGAAAUCAUUUCUCUCAUGCCAAACUGCUCAAAAGGUGGAGUCAGAAUCAUCGUAGAUCGACAAAUAAGUGUAGUGGAAGCAUGCAUACAGUCUUACUGUAUCUUCGCCUUCAACAUCACAACUACGGAUCUACUGUUUCCAACGGAACUGGUUGUCUUCAAGUAUACCAUCAUAAUCAACGCUUGGAAGAAUGGACUGCACCUCUACAACUCAUCCAUUACAUGCCCAUCCCAUCCGAUUUGCGAAAUACUUCAUUGCAACAUCUGCAUAGAGAAAGCUUACAACACACAAUGCUGGACCACUUUCGACACCACGCUCAUUAUAUUACUGGCUACCGUGACGAUAUCCCUUUAUUGGAUCUUCGCUCCAAUUAUCUAUGUCCCUCAAAAAACUCAUGGGACUGCAACUCAUUCUUUUCAAAUAUAUGGCACAACGAUAGCCCUUCAACCACUCGGACAGGAGGUGUGCCUCUCCUUGAAAAAUCAGAGAAACGAACCAAUUGGCCUUAUUUCACUUCGGAUGCUCAGCAUACGCCACGUAUGUCAACGAAAGGUUGAGUUCUUUACAAGAGAUCAUGAGAUUACCACCGAAUCCGUCCACAGAUGCUACAGAAUGGGAAGCUGUAAGCGAGAUAAAUGCGACAACACAAAAUCGUCUGACAUCGUCGAGGAAUUCAGUUGGAAAGCAGCGAAUUCGCCAGGAUUCACAUUCUGCAAUCCAAGCUGUGGAUGUUUACUUACAUGCGGAUGUCUCUCCUGCCAGCCCUCAUGUUUAUUCUACAGAUACUAUGCAACGCCAACAUCGGAAACUAUUUAUACCGUGUUUACUUGCCCAUCAUGGGAACUAACCGUAACAGCUGAGAUAACGCUGCAACUACAACAAGAAAGAAAGACGUUCACGAUGCUUCUGCGUCCCGGAAGAGCCACUAGAACAGGUGAUAUAACAUUAUCACUUCUGUCAACCAUUUCACCCCAACUUCCAAUCCUCGCGUCAGCUUUUAUCACUGAUGGGACAAGAACUGCGAUGACGAUGAAGGUUCAAGCCAAUGAACUGACGCCAGCAACGCCGGCACAACUUCAGUGUGCAUCCAAAUUAGAUGCUUCCCAAUUCCUCUGCCGUUUUUCUUCGAGAGCAUGCAGCUGUUCUGCCGGAUCCUACAAAGCAACAUGCACAUGCCCAAAAGGACAUAUUUCACCAUACCUGUCUCGGAAUACCCUUCCACUAAUCACCAAAAAUGUCAUCAUCGAACAACAUGAUGACACCAUAGCUGCCCACACCCGCGUCGGAUCGGCCAUCUUUCUACAACUCACCAUGGAAAACGUCAAGAUAGUUUCUGUACAGAACAAAGGACAAUGUUCCAUAACGAGUUCGAGUAUUGAAGGAUGCUAUUCGUGUCUGCUAGGAGCCAAAGUUUCCAUCAUAUGCUACUCCACCGAAGAACAAACGACUGCUGACAUCACUUGCGAACAAGAGCAACAAGUCGCCAUCUGCACCAAGACUGGAAAGCUAAACGAAAUGAUAUUUCACUUUCGCUCACCGGAAAUCGCAACGAAGUGCACCGUCUCUUGCCCCGGAGGGCUAUCCAGCUUCCAAGUAGAAGGCGCACUUGACUACGUAAACGAUGCACAAAUCCAAGACGAAAUCUCCACCAAAAACGAGGAAAGGAUCGACCACAAUGAGAAUGCGCUCAGUACAGUAACCGGAUGGAUAUAUUCGCUCCCGGAUACAAUCACUGGGUUUUUCCUCGAUCUGAACCUAUUUACAUCGAUCAAGAUAUUCUUGACUUGUAUCAUCUUAAUCAUUUUGCUAUACUGCAUUGUUUUCGUGACAUCUAUCCUUUCUAGGGCUAAGAAGCAAAUCUAG